AUGGCGACUAGUAUGCGUGGGCUGACGCAGUUCAUUGCAGACAUUCGUGGCGCCAGAGUUAGAGACUUGGAAGAGAAGCGGAUAAACAAGGAGAUGGCCAACAUCAGAAAGAGAUUCAAAGAAGGAAACCUGGAUGGAUACCAGAAGAAGAAAUAUGUCGCCAAGAUCAUCUUUACCUACAUUCUCGGUUAUAAAGUCGACGUUGGGCACAUGGAGGCUGUUAAUCUGAUAUCCAGCUCGAAGUACAGCGAGAAACAGAUAGGUUACUUGGCUGUUACCCUUCUCAUGCAUGAGAACUCGGAUUUCCUGCGACUAGUUGUGAAUUCAAUAAGGAAAGACUUGCACGGCAACAACGAAAUUGACAACUGUCUGGCCUUACAUGCUAUCGCCAAUGUUGGUGGAAGUGAGAUGGCAGAGGCCCUGUCUGUGGACGUGCAUCGGCUUCUAAUAUCACUGACAUCACAAUGUUUCGUUAAGAAAAAAGCGGCAUUAACGUUGCUUCGACUAUAUCGUAAACAUCCUGACGUUAUACCUGCCGCAGAGUGGGCACUACGAAUCGUCUCAAUUAUGGACGACGACGAUUUGGGCGUUGUCAUCUGCGUUACAAGUUUGGUCAUGGCAAUGGCACAAGAUCAUCUAGAUGCUUUCGCAGUAUGUUAUACGAAAGCCGUUGAUAGGUUGCAACGGCUUGUCAUUGAACGCGAAUAUUCAGCAACCUAUGCCUAUUACAAGGUACCCUCACCGUGGCUGCAAGUCAAGCUACUUCGUCUUCUGCAGUACUAUCCGCCUUCCGAGGACCCUGCUAUACGGUCCGUACUCCAUCAAGUACUGCAGACGAUUAUGAACAACAGCGCGGAGCCUUCGCGCAAUGUUCAACAUAACAAUGCCCAGCAUGCUGUCCUGUUUGAAGCCAUUGGUCUAGCAAUUCACCUUGAUACGAACUCGCCUCUCGUCGGCACAGCUGCUGUCCUUCUUGCACGAUUUAUAUCAUCGAAGGAGACCAAUGUCAGGUAUCUUGGCCUCGACACGAUGGCACAUCUCGCCGCUCGUGCGGAUUCAUUGGAACCGAUCAAGAAGCACCAAGGGACAAUCAUUCUGUCCUUGCGGGACAAGGAUAUAUCCGUUCGGCGUCGAGCAUUAGACCUUCUCUACAGUAUGUGUGACUUGGACAAUUCUGAGCUCAUCGUUGGGGAGCUUCUGCGGUAUCUCAAAGUCGCUGACUAUGCUCUCCGCGAAGAAAUGGUUUUGAAAAUCGCUAUACUUACUGAAAAGUAUGCUAGCUCGUACAAGUGGUAUGUCGAUACCAUUCUGCGACUGAUCAGUGCCGCUGGAGAUCAUGUUGGUGAUGAGGUUUGGUAUCGAGUGGUUCAAAUUAUCACAAACACGGAGGACCUGCAAGAAUAUGCUGCCAAAGUAAUAUUCGCUCACCUGAAGUCCCCCUCCACUCACGAAAGCUUGGUCAAAGUAGGAGGCUAUAUCCUGGGUGAAUAUGGUCAUCUGAUUGCGAAUGAACCUGGGUACAGUCCCAUCGAACAGUUCCAGGUCCUUCAUUCGAAAUCGCAAUUCUGCGUUGCCGCUACACGUUCUCUCCUCCUGUCCACAUACAUCAAAUGGGUCAACGUCUUCCCUGAGAUUAAGCCUCAGCUUUUGACCAUCUUUGACCGUUAUCGUCAUGUUCUCGAUGCGGAGUUGCAGCAACGCGCAUGCGAGUUCUACGCAUUAGCGUCGAGACCCGAAGACGAUGAACUUUUACAGAAUGUAUGUGAAGAGAUGCCGCCAUAUCCGCCUCGUGUCAGUGCUCUUCUUGGUCGGCUCAACAGAAAACAUGGCGACACAGAAGACAAACGCACAUGGGUUCACGGAGGUAAGGAGGCAAAUUUAGACCGAGAGGCUGUCCAAAAGAAAUCGACACUAUUCCCUGAUACCAAUGGCCAUGAGUCUUCCCACCAAGCUCCUGCAACCCCAGAUAGGCACGAAGUCCUGGACUCGCUAGCCGGCUUGGACUUGAGCAGACCUUCGGCUAGCUUAGAUGAUCUCUCAGCUCCUCAUGUAGCCAGCGGUCCAAGCGUGGAACGAUGGUUCGACAAACUUGUGUGUAAUGCCGAGGGGGUCCUCUAUGAAGAUGUCCAGGUCCAAAUCGGGGUAAAGUCUCGCUAUCAGGGUCACCUUGGGCAGCUCGCCAUCUAUAUCGGUAACAAGGUGCCCACUGCUCUAACAUCCUUCACUACCACCAUACAAAUCAGUGACCCAACCGCUUUGUCUGUAACAUUUGCUAAGAUUCCGCCGAAUACCAUUGCGCCGCGCACGCAGACCCAGCAGCUUCUGCAUGUUGAAUGCAAAAAAGUGUUCUCUGUACCCCCAAUCCUCACCAUCUCAUUCUUGGCAGGAUCCCACCAAACCAUCGCUGUCCGUCUCCCCAUCGUUAUAACGAAAUUCAUCGAGAACGUCAGCUUGACGCAGAUAGAUUUUUUCGAGCGCUGGAGACUCAUAGGCGGACCUCCUCGAGAAGCCCAGGUCGUAUUUUCCAUCGACUUGACCAGUUCUGGUCAACUGGAUCUGGUCAAAAAUAAUAGGGUAGUAGCAGGGCACAAUCUAAACGUGCUGGAUGAUAUAGAUCCGAAUCAAAACAACAUUGUGGCGGCGGGUGUAUUGCAUACUUCCGUGGAUGGCAAGGUUGGGUGUUUACUGCGUUUGGAGCCAAAUCAGGAUGCCAAACUUUGUCGGUUGACAAUACGCAGUACUGAUGAAGAGGUAGCCGCAGAGGUUCUGAAAUUGAUUCAGAAACCACUGAAGUCUGGGUCGUAG